GUUUAAAAAUAUUGGCGCUUGUCGUGUUAGCUACAGCUAGUUGUGCAUCCCUAGCAACUUACUCUUUUAUACUAUUAAAAAACCUGUGUGGUACUACAUAGCGUUACCGUUGUAAAGAAAUGAGAGAUAACCGUUAGCGAUAAAAGCAACACCUUGGUCACUGCAAAGGAACCGCAAUGGCAAAUGACGUGUGCAGCCAUGUAAAGGUGGUUAUUCGGGUGAGACCAACCAAUGACAGAGAGAAGCAGGAAAACUGUCGAAAUGUUGUCCAGGUCGUCGAUAGCCACAUGCUCAUAUUUGACCCCAAGGAAGAGGACAUGUCAUGUUUUGGUUCACAAAGAGCAAGAAACAGAAACAUCAACAAGAGGGCUAACAAAGACCUAAAAUUUGUUUUUGACCAUGUCUUCAAUGAGAACUCGACUCAAGUUGACAUUUUUGAAAGCACCACUAAAGGAGUGUUGGAUGGUGUGAUGAAUGGAUUUAACUGCACAGUGUUUGCUUAUGGUGCUACUGGAGCAGGAAAGACACACACCAUGUUAGGCUCACAGGAUGACCCAGGGGUCAUGUAUCGCACCAUGAAAGAGCUGUUCAAACGCAUGGAUGAUGUCAAGGAGGAGAAAGAGUUUGCUGUUGCGUUCUCAUAUCUUGAGGUUUACAAUGAACAGAUCAGAGACUUGUUGGCUAAUGCUGGUCCUCUUGCUGUCAGAGAGGACAGCUCUAAAGGAGUGGUUGUUCAAGGCCUCACACUGCAUCAGCCCAAAUCUGCAGAGCACAUUCUUGAGGCUUUGGAUUCUGGAAAUCGAAACAGGACUCAACAUCCUACUGAUGUUAAUGCCACCUCUUCCAGAUCACAUGCUGUAUUUCAGAUAUACUUGAGACAGCAGGACAGAACUGCCAGCCUCAAUCCUAAUGUCUGCGUUGCGAAAAUGAGCCUAAUUGAUCUUGCUGGCUCAGAGAGAGCUAGCGCCACCAACGCCAAAGGAGCACGCCUGCGAGAAGGCGCUAACAUCAAUCGCUCCCUCCUUGCCCUGGGAAAUGUGAUCAAUGCUCUUGCUGACCCAAAGAGUAAGAAGGCUCAUAUACCAUACAGAGACAGCAAGCUGACGAGGCUCCUGAAAGACUCCUUGGGGGGCAACUGCAGGACGGUUAUGAUUGCCAAUGUUAGCCCCUCAUCCAAGUCCUAUGAUGACACCCACAACACACUUAAAUAUGCCAACAGAGCAAAGGAGAUAAAAUCCUCGCUUAAGAGUAAUGUUGUAAGCCUGGAUAGUCACAUUGGUCAGUAUGCUGUGAUAUGUGAGAGGCAACGCCAAGAGAUUCUACAGUUAAAGCAGAAACUUAAAGAAUUUGAGGUGAAGAACUUGGUGCCUGGGGCUUUCAACCCAAUCUCUUCCCAGAAUCAAGCAGAGUUCAAAAGGGUGUCAGAAGCUCUGCAGCACAUUUUUUCAAGCCGUGCCCAAAUCAGGCAAGAACAGCUGGGUCUUGAGAGGCAACUGAAGGAGAAUGAGCUGCGCCAGCGCUACAGUGAGGAGGACAACCUGCAGGUCCAAUUUCUCUCUGCCAAACAGAAGACAGAGAAGGCCACUUGUAAGCAUGAGCGGAAGAUUGCCAGCUUACGCACUCAGCAGCAACACAUAAGCAAGCGUUUGAAGGAGGCAGAGACACGGUUCCUAGAAAAUGAUGGUUUGCUUCAUCGUGUCGAGAAUGAGAUUAAGUUGCUAAAGUCGAAUGAUCCGGCCUCAACGGUGUUAGAGAAGGACCUAUAUUGUCACAGACUGGAGCUGCAGGUCAAUGACCUCAAACAACAUAUCAAACAGAUGGUUGAGCUCACUACGCUGCAAGAUCAGGAGAACAAGCGCAUGCAGAAAAUGGUGAACAUCUUGCUGCCAGCUCAUAGUCGACACUAUUCUGCAUUGCAAGGGGCUGGGUUAACCAUUCCAGCAGACGAGCUGGAAAACCAUGAGCUGGAGCACCUUGUGUUAAGGGAGAGAGGUGUGGUUUGGGCAGACCAGGAAGGGGCAGGGCAGCAGAUGAAAGGUGAAAAGAUUGGUGUGAGCUUUCAGGAGACAAAUGAGAUGGGAAGCAUUGGGCUCCGCAGUGAGCUGGCACCUAUCCUGUCUUUCUCACAUCUGCAAUACCACCAGAGUAGCCCCUGCAGUGCAGAGAGACACACUAAAAGAACAUCACUGUGCAAUGCUGCUCCAUCACCUAAAGUUUUUCUAGAGAGAGGAAAGCAACCAAAUGUGACGCAAGAUAAACCUCCGCGAAUGCCCAUCAGGAGGAAUUUGUCUGCGUCGCUUCCACCACAGAGUCCGCAGACCAUUGCCAAGUCGAAAGGGUUUGAGGAGGGCAUGCUUCCACUCCAGUGUACUCCAGAACCUGAUCAGAAAACAGUGAAGCCUCAGCCACUAAGUUCCUCCAGCAACAUGGAUCCAAACAUGACUUUUGAAGUGAUAGACACUGAUGAUCAAACUGCAAAUAAUGCAACCAUCAUAAUAAGCUGUGGCAGUCCAUGUCAAGCAUCAAAGUCCACAGACGUGUCAGUGCCCAGUCAACAUCGGCAUCUUCCCACAACCACUGAGGGAAAACAGAUUCUUUCCAAAAGACAACAGACAACGCUUUUGCAAGAAGUGCGAAGAGCCAACCCAACUUACAUGGACAUGACGUCUGCUGCACAAGGAAAGCGUAAAUUUAACAGAAGCAUCAAAGAAGAGGGUUUCUCUUCUCUGCACGGUUUCUCUGCACCGAAGCGCAUAAAGAAAGACUCCUCAGUGGCCCAAAAGCCAGUCAGAGUGCAUUGUUUUGGGGGGUCUGAGAACAAGCCCCGCAGAGUUGUGAGGAGCAUUUCUGAAGGGAACCUCAACUUCCUCGAACCUCAGAAAUCCAAGUCUAUUUUCUUUAAAACGUCCCAGCAGUUCAAAAAGGUGGCCAAGCGGAUGUGAAGGAACACUGCAUUCACAUAAGACUGGUUUGCUUUAAUAAACAUAUUUACUCAGCACUCUUUUCAGUCCAUAUUUGUCUUUUUAGAACAUUUUUUCUCUGAAGAACUAGAAAAUAAAGCAAUCUGUUGUGUAGAUUUCUCCAGCAGAACCUCAGUGACACUCAGUGUUGAGUUUUUUUUUAUUUUCUUGUGCUCUGUAAUUAAGAAUCACACUGCAGGGAAGUUGGACUUGAUUUUAUGUAAACACUGCAUAGAUAUAGGUUAUCUGUGUAAAUAAUUCCUCUGGUUUACAGUCUUACUUUGUAUUUUAGUCCUUUCGUUUAGCUUUUAAGAUGGAUUUUGUAACAUUAAUGGACAAACUAAUAUCACAAAACAUCUGAUCUUUUACACACAUGUACUUUUAACAGGUUUUAGAAUAUCAUUUCUAUUUUAGGUGACCAUGUUUCUCAAGGCAGCUAAUAGAAAUUAAACUUUUAUAAUCUGAGCUCAUUUUAAUAUUGUUUUUUGUGUUGUGUUUGUUAUUUUAAUUUCUUGUACAGUUUACAAGAUUAAAUCUUCCAUAAUAAAGUUGCUUGUAACAGAA